UUUCUCAGGACAAAGGAUCUUGGACCGGUGUAUUAUAUGAGGGUCUUCUGGCAAGCACAUUUCAUCGCAUCAGCACCAGAAAUUGUUAAGGAGCUGCUUCUAAACAGCCGCCAUAUAAAACCACUGUAUGUCUACCGUGGCUUUCAGAAACUAUACGGCGAGCGAUUUAUGGGCCACGGACUCGUAUCUGAGGUCGAUCAUGAGAAGUGGUUUCACAGGAGAGCCAUCAUGAACCCUGCAUUCAGACGAAAGUAUCUAAUCAGCCUCAUGGAGGAGUACAACUCGGGAUCAGAAGCUCUUUGUCAGAAGCUCAAGGAGAAAGCCGAUGGUAAAAUAGAAGUCCCCAUGUUAGACGAACUCAACAAAGUAACACUGGACGUCAUUGCAAAGAUCGCGUUCAGCAUGGAUACUAAUGCUAUAGGAGAUCCAGACUGUCCAUUCCCCGCUGCCAUCACCGCGGCACUCCAAGGUUUACAGUCGUUACAUGAAAAGCCAUGGUCUACUAUAGAUCCAAGGUGUAUUUCCAUGCGACGGUCCACACGCAAGGCUGUUCACUUCAUCCGGGAAACUGGACGAGAUCAGAUCAAGGAACGGAUCCAGGCUCGUAAGAGAGGAGAUCAUGUUCCAAGUGAUCUACUCAACCUCAUUCUCGAUAUAGCCAACGAUCUAGAGGGAGACAAGGACUUCAGCAUGGAAAAUAUGUUGGAUGAAUUUGUUACUCUGUUUAUAGCAGGUCAAGAAACGACAAGCAAUCUUUUGGCCUUCACAAUCCUACAACUCGGUUGUCACCCUGAUGUCGCCAAAAGGCUUCAAGCUGAAGUUGAUGAAGUACUGGGACAAAAACACACAAUUCAGUAUGAAGAUCUGGCCAAACUGGAAUACAUGAUGAGGGUUUUGAAGGAAACGUUGAGGUUGUAUUCACCGGUCGGAGGUACAACCCGCCUAACUGCUCAUCCUAUUAACUAUAACGGCAUCACAAUACCAGCCAAGUGCACUGUAACCGUUAUGUCUUACGUCAUGUCCAGAAUGGAGGAAUACUUUGAUGACCCUCUGCUCUUCAAUCCUGAUCGUUUCAAGCCUUCCGAGGACGGAUCAUUGCCUAGACAUCUCUAUGCUUACUUUCCGUUCUCCAUGGGGCAACGGUCUUGUAUUGGUCAACAGUUUGCACUGAUCGAGGCUCGCGUCAUCUUAGCUAAGCUUCUCCAACGAUUCGAAUUUCGACUAGAGCAAUCGCAGAGUAUGGGUAUCCUGGACGAACUAACGUCCAAGCCAAUGGGGAGAUGCAGGAACUACAUCACACUAAGAGCCUAGGCUCACAGCAAUUUAAGCCAGCUGCCAUCACACAAAGAGCCUAAAUCCUCGUCAAGAUAGGCGGUUUUUUUAAUGACGCAAGUGUCAUACAGUUCUAACUCCAGGCUUAGAAUACAGAUUCCAGUGAAUCGCAUGCAUGCAUGUAUAAUUAUUGUUUUAUAGUUACAAAACAAAGAACAGCAACAAAGAGAUGUAUGUUGAUUUGAUACUUUGGAUGUAUUUUCGUUGUUAAGAAUUUAUGAUAAUGAUUAUAGGCUCCGUUCGGUAGGAGAAACGUGCGGACAUUUUAAGAUACCAAAGUACGUUAUUGUUCUCCGGCACGUAUAUCAUUAAUUAUUACGUUCUUUGUAUAUGAACAAUAGCCUUAAGUCUCUUCUGAGAUUGUUGAUAAUCAUGUUCAUACUUUUCAGCAGUCCGUAAAACUGAGAACAGUUCCUAGUAAAGAUCCUGUAGGUUAAGGAAUGAUUUUUGAAAAAGAUGUUUGAGGAGACUGGAUGAGUGGAAUUUGAAAUAUACAUAAUUUUAUUUAUCUUACAUUGUUCAAGAUUACCGUUAAGUAAAAUAAUGUACAUUUAUAUUAAGGAUUGUUAACCAAAUGGUCCUAUUUAAAAGCCCUUUAAAAAGGAGUCUGUUGAUACACGUGACCAAGAAGUUGCAUGUAAGUUUAAGUGGCAAGUCUGAAAUACAACUUUCAAAUCAUUGAUGUCCGUUUGUAUCUCGUAUUCUUUUUUGGCAAAAUUUGCUUGACCGCAUGAGGUUCGAAGAAUUAUUUUUGUAUUGCAACCAAAACGUGAGGUUGGAUUUCAAAUAAAAAUUAAAAUAUCAACAGAUAGGUAACAGGGGUAGAAAUAAUUUAUACAAAGUCAAAGAAACUUCGGAGUCUGAUACAUGAAUGUAUGAAAGAUAAUGUGCUACAAUGAACUAAAGUUAGCUCAUGAAUUGUAAAUCAUGAUUGUAAAUAACAUCAUAAUUAUUUAGGAUAUGUGUGUAUAUGAACUAAGCAGUUUAUGAUGCAAUAUUUUAAAAAUGUGAAAAAACAGAUCACAAACAUUACAUAGAUUCAUAAUCAAGUUGUGAGCGGUGGCACCGUGUAUCGUCUGUUGAUACCUAACAUCCUCCCAGCUCUCAACAGACGAUAGAUCAUAUACAUCUCAUUGAAAUAUAAUUAGAAAUUAACAAACUGAGUAUGGAGCAUGAUUUCGGAUCUGUUAAACUCAAAUAAUAGGACGUAAGGUAAAUGAAAAACAUUUUUAUUGAUCUCUAUCAACACAAUUGAUUAAAUAAAAACUUUUACCUAACCUGUAUGGGCAUGUGGAGGUCUUUCUCAUAUUCUGCUUUGAUUAGCAAAAUUCAUAUAGGCCUAUGCAAAUACAAAAAAAAAAUGUACUGGUAGUACUUUUAUCCUUUAUGCUUUUAAUACAGUGAGCAUGAAAUAUUGAGUGAUACAGAGUUCACUUUCUGGUCCUAUGUGUAUGGUUAGUAUAUGUAUCGUUUAUUAUAAUUAUUAUGCACAUAUUGAAAUAUAUUUUUGCUCCCGAAUUGCAUUCUACAUGGUUUUAAUAUUGUACAGUCAAAAUUGUGUAUAAAAUGUUUAAGAUAUGCUUCACCUAUUAGUCGGGGCAUUGGUCCUAUUUAUUCUUUAUUGGGAAUGUGCAUCGGUCCAAAGGAGAGGUAAUAACAAAAUGGAUUAUACUGCCAAUGACGAACAAAAAAGGGAUGUAUACAAUUUAUUAGGAAUGUGCAUCGGUCCAAAGGAGAGGUAAUAACAAAAUGGAUUAUACUGCCAAUGACGAACAAAAAAGGGAUGUAUAACAUUUAUUAGGAAUGUGCAUCGGUCCAAAGGAGAGGUAAUAACAAAAUGGAUUAUACUGCCAAUGACGAACAAAAAAGGGAUGUAUAAAAUGUAACCAUUCCCCCACCUCACUCUUACACCUGGGCCAUGACAUCUCGAUUGUAUAUAUUGUGAAACCAUAGGACAUCUUAUUUUAUAUUCAUUUUGUUAUAUGAUUUGUGUAACUCAUCAAUUUACACUAACGAUCAGUAAUACAAUACAUUCGAAUAAACGCUAUACCAAUCAAUUAUGUGAGUUUGGUGUGUUCUUCUCCGAUUUUUGAUUCCGAGUUGAAUUUGUCCAUAAGAUUUGGUCGGUACAGUUGCUUAUGUUUUCAUUAUUAUUAUAAUAACCUGUUUAAUACCAGAAAUUGUUUGUUAUAUCUUUCAGAGCAACAAAGUUAUUCGUAAAUAUAAUACUAGGAUUUCAGCCGACCCUCGUGUAAUACAUAGUCAUUCUUCAUUUUCAAUAAGUAUCUUUGUAUAC